AUGGCAGAAAAGUCUAGCAGCCACAAAAGCAAGAGGCGAAAGCUCAUCCGGCGGUGUAUCUACGGGCUUCUCAUCUUCAACUUCAUCCUCCUAGUGAUCAUUCUCCUCGUGUUCGCUAUUCUCCACCCCAAGAAACCACGUUUCGUCCUCCAAGAUGCCACCGUCUUCAACCUCAACGUGUCGGCUGCCACCCCGAACAUCAUCUCCACCACCAUACAGGUGACCAUCAACUCCCGGAACCCCAACGACAAUAUCGGCAUUUACUACGACAAAUUGGAUGUCUACGCCACCUAUCACCACCAGCAAAUCACUUCUUUCACGGCCAUCCCACCGGUGUACCAAGGCCACAAGGACGUGAACCUAUGGUCCCCUUUUGUCCGUGGAGAUAACGUGCCGGUGGCGCCGUUCAAUGGCUUGGCCCUGAGCCAGGACCAGAUUAAUGGGGGCAUACAGAUGGUCUUCAAAAUUGAUAGCCGCGUGAAAUGGAAAGUUGGGUCGUUAGUCACUGGCCGAUACCAUCUCCACGUCAGCUGUCCGGCGUAUAUACCGCUCGGAAACAACAAGAACACCGGAAUAUGGAUCGGAAGUACAGUGAAGUAUCAACUUUCACAGAGUUGUAGUGUCAGUGUAUGA